AUGAGUGCAUGGGAGCAAUGGGGAGGCAAGAAACCAACGACGAGUGGACUACAGGGUGCACAAGACGCAUUGAAUAGUAUGCUACGAUCUUCUUCACUCUCUUCUGUAGCAUCUACUGCUAGUAUAAAUAGUGAUGAAAGCCCGUUUUUCGCAUUGAAAAAGGUGUGGAACUCAGCGCGAGAAGUGACAAAGACUGCAGCAUCGACACCGACAGCUACGAAGGACGUAGUUGAUGUUAUGGAAAGUGGAAAAAUAAACGAGAAUGUAGAUAAUGUAGCGGAUGUAACAUGGCUACUAUGGAGGAAGGAUUCAAGCGCUCCGAGUCUCGUAACUUCGACGAUGAGUUGGAACACUAGAUUUAAAUAUUUUGUAGGCAUGGCAAUGCUUAGUAUGCUAUUCUUCGGCAUGGCAUCAAUCUUUUUGCCAUUGAUCAUGAUUCGACCGUCCAAGUUUGCAUUGAGCUUCACGCUUGGUAGUAUGUGUUGUAUGGGUGCAUUUGCGAUGCUUAAGGGUCCAGCAGCAUACGUUUCAGGACUAUUACAUCUAAGUAGACUACCGCUGACUAGCGCGUAUUUUGUAACGCUUGGCUGCACGCUGUAUAGCUGUUUGAUCCUGGGCAACUACGUGUUUGUGGUGCUGAGCUCCGUUAUGCAGUUGAUGACGCUGGGGUCAUUUGCACUGUCUGCUUUCCCCGGCGGUAAUAUAAGUCUGAAAGCUUUUGGCACGUUAUUCUGGAAAUCAGCGCGCGGCAUGAUACAAAUGCUUGCCCGUCUUUUUCGGUAG